CCUAUCUGAAUACCGUUGAUGAUUAACUUGGCUCGAAAGCCUUUUACUUUCAUGCGUGUUUUGAAUCCUGUUAGCCAGUAACAUAUAUUCCACCAAUGUUUGCCCGUGAAGCAAGAUAAUUUAUAGACGAAGAAUGCCAAGCUAUGUGAAUUUGUUGUUAAAACACAGAAGGGCACGAAUUAUCAAGAAUUCUUCCUGGAUUGCCGUGGAGGAUAAAGAUUCUUAGCCAGUCAAGCUAUCAGCCAUAAAUAUGACCUCUGUAAACACAAUUAUUCUCGUGCUCGUGUACUUGACUCAAGUUUCUUUGGCGAAUCGGUUUUUCUUGCCAUCUUUGUCUCUGCGACAGAGAACUCAAGGACAGGGAUUUUACGACGAAAAUCAGUAUGAUGAUGGUUAUGCUGAGUAUACAGGAGCUGAAAAGCGGAGAUUCUCCGCAAUGCAGAGACGUCGAAUGCAAAUUCAAAAUAUGAUGCAAGACGAGCCUCUAGAGAAGAAGGAAAACAUGGAGGAUAUUUUAUUACGGGAGUUAACCAGAGGAGAAUACAACCAUCAGAACCAAAUUGAAGAAGGGGUAGGAACCGCCAUCGAUGAUUUGGCUUUGAGGAGAGAAGAAGAGAAACUUAAGAAAGGAGAGCAGAAGAGAAACUUUGAUCAUUUACCAGCUGAUGGAGACCUUUUCGAAGAGGACAUCGUCAUGGACCGUCGCCUGCGUUCAUGGGUCACUGGUCAGUUUGACAAAAGAGACGCGAUCAAUGACGUGUAUUAUUUGUGGCCUACAACUUUACGGGAUGGUAAAAGAAUCGUAAGAGUACCCUACAUGAAAUCAGAAGAAUUCACUCAAAACCCUACAAAGAUGGAAUGUUUAGUUAACGCAAUUUCUUCUUUCAACAAGUAUACUUGUAUACGAUACGAACCUCUGGCAGAGGACGAAAGCGCAGACGAAGUGGAUCACGCGCAUUUUAUGGUAAACCAGAGCAUGUGUUACUCAAGUGUUGGUAGACAAGGUGGGAGACAGGACAUUUCCAUUGGAGACGGAUGCGAACGGGUCGGAACUUGCAUUCACGAGAUGAUGCACACAAUAGGCUUUAUUCACGAACAGUCUCGACCUGACAGAGAUAAAUAUGUUCGGGUCUUCUACGACCGCAUAAAGCAAGGUUUAGAACAUAACUUUGAGAAGUACACAGUAAGGGAAGUGAAGACGCUGCCAUCAAAUAAAGAGUUCUACGACUAUGAUUCUGUUCUACAUUACAAUAACCACGCAUUUUCUAAGGACUACCGUGAUACUAUCGAGUCCAGAGAUAACCCAGACAGACGGUUUGGUCAACGGGAAAGCUUCAGCAAACACGAUAUAAAACAAAUUAAUGAGUUGUAUGGCUGCGACGUUGAGAAUCUUAAAAUGCUUCUUCAAGAUGUUCCAUAUAAUUAGAUCACUAUUAAUGCAAAACGAACCUUCAAGUCAGUUCCCCCUGUUAGUCUUCUAACUCUCCAGGCCUGACAAGUUAUUCUUCUCUUCAACAAACCUAUAUUUUCCUGUAAUGCAUUUGAGAGAAUUCAGUGCUAAAUCAGGAUAACACCCUACAGCUGAUGCGUUUCUCUGUUUUCAUAACCUAUGUGCUCGACAAUGUAUUACAGAUCUUAAUCUGUUAAUGCAGUUUUCAAUGAAGUGUCGAAAACCCAAAACCAAAGUGACCACAUCUACUAAUCAGAACAAAAGUUACGUCAUCGUUAUUUAACCAAUGAGAACUCGAAGUAUUAACAGGCAACCUGAUUGAAGCGCAGGAAAACGCAAGUGCUCGCCAAGUGGGGAUUGCUUGUAUUUUUACAUUUGACUAGUUGAGAUUCACAGAGCGAAGUAAUGCAAAACUAUAGCAAUCAAAGAUCACUUUCGACACUUAAUUAAAAACUGCUCUGACAUGUUCAUGAAUUAUGGUAGUUAAAUGUUUGAACAGCUCAGAUGUCAAAAUUUUCAUGUGCUAAACUUAAAUAUCAAAAGUGAAAAAAUGGAAAUUAAAUUUAAAAAUUGAGUUGACCCAGUCCGUAAAGUUUUAUGGUUUACUUAAUAGUCAAACUUAAUCACUCAAAUUUUUCCUUUGAUGAAAGAAGGGAAAUCCAAGUGUAACGCACAAAUACAAAUGUAGAUUGCAAAGAUAUUUGGCACAUGAAAAGUUCGACGUUUAAAUCAAAGUCGCUGAACAGUCGAAGUUCCCAUAAACACAUGCAAGGCUUGAAGCUUAGACAGGGCCUUAAAUUACUAGAAGGACCGUUUUGCUACUUUAGAAACACACGCACACGCACGCACACACACACACACACACACACACACACACACACACACACACACACACACUCAUCAGUCGCGUGUCUCUAGAACUUGUCAUGCGAUUUUGAAAUUAUUCCUAUUUUCAGAGUAAAGGGAAGUUUAAUAAUAGUUUUUUACGGUUAACGAAUGUUAAGCUGCUGGCUAUGUAUAUGAAAGGUGCAUUGGAUUGUUGUUACCAGCGCUCGAUAUCUUUUUACCGUUUUUGCUUUGUUUCCUGAUUUAAACGCGAAUAAUUACUUGCUGAAUGUGAUCAUUUGUACUCGAAAGACGAUUCAGAAUUUAUAAAGAUUUUCGAAAACUUUAUCAUGGUACAAAGGUUGCAUCGCUGUUUGUUUGUUUAUUUGUUUUUUUUUUUUUUGUGGCGCUGGGUUAACAAUCUCCAAUACCUGCCCUCUAAUCAAUUAAUAUAGUAAAUAUUUGCUGCCAGCGAAAAUCGAUUCUCCUAAAAUUACUAGGUUAUAACGAUUGUUUAUCUAAUCAUAGUGAAUAUCAAGCAAGAAAAAAGAAAAAAGAAAUGCAAGUGGCAGGUUCUAAUUACCGAUUGAAAUUUCCUGCCACUCAUGUAGCCGCAAAUAUGAUUUUUGGCGGCCUUGUCAAAUUUAUUUUACAAAUAACCAGAAGGGUAAAUAAAUCGAAUGCAUUGGUUCACAUGAGACUCGCCGAUAUUCGAAUUUUACACCAUUAUGGCAGGAUUUUCAUUGUUAAGGUCGAUUCAGUGAUAGCUUACUUUGCCUGUCUUUCCUGACUGCAGCUGUUCUCAGAGAGAUAAUAAAGUCAGUUUCUUUAUCCUUA